AGAACAAACACCUAACAGGAGGAGACUCACUCAUGGCCUAUGAGACAGAGGAUCAGGAGACUCAAUACUGCUUUCCUGACAUCAACUCAUCAUGUUUGAAGGAAAAUCGCUCAAGUGAUGAAUAUAACAUCAUAUAUUUGCUUGUGUCAUUGCUGUCAGCAUGGACUGUGUUUCUGAACCUGCUGGUGAUCAUCUCCAUCUCUCACUUCAAGAAGCUUCACACUCCAACCAACAUGAUUAUUCUCUCUCUGGCUGUAAAUGAUCUGCUUAUAGGACUCGUCAUGCCUAUAGAGGCCUUUAGACUAAUUGAGACGUGUUGGUACUUUGGAGACACUUUCUGUGGGCUCUAUUUAUUCUUUGUUACAUUACUUCUCUCAGCAUCUCUUGGCAGUUUAGUUUUAAUUGCUGUUGAUCGUUAUGUGGCUGUGUGUCACCCUCUACUGUACACACAGAAAAUAACCAUGACUAAAACAUUCUGUUUGAGUAUCUGUCUGAGCUGGGUUUGCUUUUCAGCUUAUCUUACUGGCCUGAUAAAUAUUAAUAAUCAAGAUUUUGACACUUCACACAGAACAGAUGUGUGUUACGGACAGUGUAUAAUCAUGAUAACAUUUAGUUGGAUACUCACUGAUCUGUUUGUGUCUUUUAUUUUUCCUUGCACUCUGAUCUUCACUUUAUAUUUGAGGAUUUUCUAUGUUGUUCAUCAGCAAGUGAAGGUUAUAAACUCUCUGAUGAAGGGUGGUAAAUGUGUAACGGAGGGUUCAGUGGAGAGGAAAUCUGAGAGUAAAGCUGCUUUGACUUUAGGAAUCAUUGUAUUAGUUUAUCUGCUUUGCUAUAUUCCUUACUAUAUCUGUUCUCUAACUGUAAACUCUUCCACAGCUUUGAAUGUUUUAAUAUGGAUUGUGUAUUCUAACUCGGGUAUGAAUCCUCUGGUUUAUGCUUUGUUUUACCCCUGGUUUAAAAAGACAGUUAAACUCAUUUUAACUUUGAAAAUAUUUCAGCAGGCAUCCUCUCUAAUCAAUAUUUUUACGGAACAUUAAUUAUAAUUACUUUUAAUGCUGUCGCUAAUAUAGAAGUAAUAUUUGAUUUCUAUUUGUAGUUUUUAAUACUCAUUUUAUAUCACACAUCGCUUAUUUCAACUUGUAAGAUUGAUCUUCAAGUAAACUUAUGAUGUUGACCUACUGCUGUUAAACCAACAAAGAUGUGUGACAGCGGUAU